AUAUUUCUUCCAGUUUUUGACGUGUCGUUUAAUAAAACAAUUACAUAUAGCAUUUAUUAAAUUCGCGGACGCGGUUUAGUAAAUUGUAAUUUGUAAUAGAAAAAAAUAAUUGUUUGUAUUUUUUCUUGGUAGCAAUUUGACAGAUGUCAUAAUCAGCUGUGCUUUUAAAACCAAUUGGCCGAAAGUAAACAAUCAGAUUUCCUAUUGUUUUUCUUCGCGAAUUUCGCGUUACUUACGUGUAAUUCAUAUUAGUUAGCAUUUAAGCUAUGUAAAUAUUUAUGUUAAGUUCUAGUGUAUAUUCGAAACAAUAUGACACGUAGAAGUGAUAAAAGUGAUAGGUUUAUACCAUUAACUCCAGAACCAACCUGUAAACCACUGGAUACUUAUGAUGAUAUUAUAUCAUUUGUUCAAAAACCCCCUUCAUGGAGGUCUUUGUGCAAGGAGAUAACGCCUCAUAGUAAGGAAAAGAUAAAGAAUAUGUCUUUGAAUUCUUUGGUGGGUAUGAUAAGUCCCGACAGACCGCCAACUUUCUGCCACUUCAGCCCGGAUUCAGAGGACGUGGAGAGACAGAGCGCCGACUCCUUGCCGAGGACGCUGGUCUGUCAUGACAUGGCCAAUGGAUAUCACGAUGAUAGUAAGAUCGACGGCACUACAAACCACUUAGCGUACACAUUCUAUCACUGGGCGGGGAUUGAUAUCUUCUGCUACUUCAGCCACCAUCUCAUCACCAUUCCUCCACUAGGCUGGAUCAAUGUGGGCCAUGCGCAUGGGGUCAAGGUUAUUGGCACAGUGAUCACGGAGUGGGCAGAAGGGUACGACUUCUGGGAGUACGUGUUGUCGUCUGAGCAGCAGUACCAGCUCAUGGCCGACUCGCUGGUCAGCAUCGCCAAGCUUCUGAAGUUCGACGGCUGGCUGCUCAACAUCGAGAACAAGAUCUCCCAGCCCCUGGUGCUGGUGGAGUUUGUCAAGUACUUGCAUAAGAAGUUGCACGAAGAGAUCGAGGACUCUGUGCUGAUCUGGUACGACAGCGUCACCAUCAAGGGCAACCUCAACUGGCAGAACGGACUCAACCAGAACAACAAGGCGUUCUUCGACGUGUGUGACGGGUUCUUCACGAACUACUCGUGGAAGGAGAUAGACGUGGCCAACAGCGCGGAGGCGGCGGGAGACCGGCUCACCGACCUGUUCAUCGGCAUCGACGUGUGGGGCCGCAACUUCUACGGCGGGGGGCAGUUCAACACGGCCGAGGCGCUGGAGCUGGCGAGCAGCUACGGAUGUUCGCUGGCGAUCUUCGCGCCGGCGUGGACGCACGAGACGGCGGAGCGCCGCGACAUCGCGCUGGCGGAGCACCUGCCGCUCGCGCAGGCGCUGGAGCUCCGCGAGCGCGCGCUGUGGGGCUCGCUGUGGCCGCACCUGCACACUCGCCUGCCCUGCACGCUGCCCUUCCAGACCUCCUUCUGCCGCGGACACGGCCUCAAGCGCCGCCUCUACGGGGAGGUGCUGAGCCCGUCGCCGUGGUACAACCUGCGGCACAUGCAGUACCAGCCCAACGCCGUCUACGGCCCGCACGGGUACCUGCUGUCCACGCCGGAGACCAUCAGUGCUGUAUCGCGGCGCGACGUCAUCCGCGACAAGAAGGGCAUCAUCAAGUACCAGUCCGCGUUCGAGUGCAGCCGGCACGAGCUGCACACCGUGCGCAGCACGCGCGAGCUGGAGGAGCUCACGCGCGAGCACCACGACAGCGUGGCCGCGCUGGCGCUGGGGGAGCAGCAGCGCCGCGGCCGCGACGACGACAGGAAGCACACCAUGAAGAAUGUCUUCAAGCACAUGUUCCGAUUUCUCAGGAUGAAACGUCGUUCAGACGAAGAUGAACCACAAUCGUGCAGCCAACAGGAGAAAAUCGACGAGCAACACGACAAACCCCAAGACGACAUUCAAGACAAGACACACGACACGGACGGCGACCAACACGCGCCCGUCGAAAUCCGCGACGAGUCGCCCGACAAGAGCAAAGACGACACCGACGACGGCCAACAGGACAAGAGCGACGAGCGGCAAGACAAGCGCAGCGACGGGCGCAGGAUCCACGAGCGCGGACACGUGCACAUCCGCGACGAGCUGCACGACGAGGCGGACGAGGCGCGCGAGGCGGGCGAGGCGGACAAGCGGCUGCAGUCGGCGCAGUCGCUGCACGACGUGCGCACGGGCUGGUCGCUGCGCACGCUGUCCGUGCACAUCAGGCUGGGCGGCGGGCUCGCGCGCCACGCGCGUCUCGCGCUCGCCUGCGUGCCCGGCGAGGCGCCUUGUCUCGAGCCCUACUACGAAGACUGCUACAAUGGCGGGUCGUGCCUGCGCGUGCACCCGUCGGACCAGAUGUCGCCGGAGCACCGCUGGACGCGGCUGUUCCACUGCGACUUCACGUGUGACGGCGACGUCGUGCUCUGCGUCGUCACCAAGACCUUGCCCGACUACCACCACCAGUACCUCAAUGUCAAGCUGUUCGCGCGUGACUGUUUGUACCGCGAAGUUCGCGUGACGUGCGUGGGGCGGAACGCGCCUGGCGGGGGCGCUGGCGGGGGCGCGGGCGGGGGCGCGGCGAAGGACGCGGGCGCCACGCUGGCGUCCACGCGCGCGCUCACGCUGUACCCGCUGGCCGAGGGCGCCGAGCUCAAGCAGUUGCAGAAGUACCUGCUGCUCAACGAGCCCGGCUUCUACAUGUCGCCGGAGAACUCCUUCGACUGGAAAGUCAGAUACUACCGCGUGCCGCUGCGCGCGUGCGUGAUCACGUCCGUGAACGUGCACUGCGGCCUCAGCUCCGGGCCCGUGCUGCUCGGCCACCUCGGCCUGUGCGUGCGCAGGGAGACUGCGGAGAACGAGUGGCUGGUGGAGACGCCGCGGCGCGCGCGCAACUCUCCUCAACGGGGUACAGCCUCGCGGAUAAACACCGCGGCCGCGACCGCGACUGCGGCCGCCAGCGCGGCCGCCGCGGCCGCCGCCGCCGCCAUCACGUCCAGCGUCAGCGUCGCCAGCGCCGCGCUGCGGCAGUCCAGCACGUCGCAGCGUACCAUCGUCACGUUGGAAUCAGAAUCGCCCUACAACUACUCACCCAGAGAUUCAAAAGCCGUCAAUCUAGUUCAUUCCUCAGUAAUUAGCAAUUUGAACCGGAAAUGGGGCCCCAAGGAGGAAGUUGUGAUUGACCACUUCACGCCCGGAGAUGCCAAAACGAAAAAGGAAGAUUCAGAAACAAAUUUGGUUGAAUCGCGCCGAUUAUAUGGAGGAUCCAAGAGCUCGUUAACUGAAUGCUGUUCGUCGUCGCAUGACGCUCCGAUCAAGAAAGCUGAAACCGUGUCAUUUUUGUCACCCGGUGAUAUCGAAAUAAAAAGGGAAGAUUCGGAAACUAAUUUGAUGGCGUCGCUUAAAUCAUCGAGAAGUUCCAAAAAUAUGGGGAUUGAAUGCUGCGAGUCGUCGCAGGACGUCGCGGCGGAGAAAACUGAAGCGACGACGUCCCGACCCUCCAAGCGAACUGACGGCCGACCCCACAACGACCCCAAAACCUGAUGAAACAGUACAAACGUAUUGCUGAUGAUGUGUAAAUGAUAAUUAUGUUAAAUCUUUUAUAUAUUGUUGUUGACUCAUUUUGGCGACGUUAAUUUGUAGUAAUUAUUGACAAUAAUUUAAUAUUAAAUAAAUAAAAGAGAGAUUUUUAUAUAGGUACAUAUUUACUCUGCCACCAGCGCUGUUACUAUUAUUCGCCUACGCGAAUAAUGUAUAACGAAAAAGAGUUGACUAUCACAUGUAAAAAGAAAAUUCCAUUAAAUUUUUGUGUAAUACGGUUCGGUUCUAGGAAAUGCUCUUAGCCUCUCAGUUUUAUAUAUUUGUAAUUAUGUAAUUCAAUAACUUAAUUUAUUUAAAAUAUCUUUGUAUAAUUUGGUAAAUAAUUAUUAAGUAAUUGUUAAUAUAGUGUAUUUAAAAUAUAAUUUU